AAUGAUCUACUUAACGCGGAGGUGUCGCUUGGCCAUAUCCGUACCGUCCGCACUUCUGCCGGUGUUACUGACGCUGUUGCUCAUCAGCGAGGUGCCGGCGAAGGACGAAAGGUUGGAUACCACGGUCCAUGGCUACCGGGUAAACGUGGUCGAGGGUGUUUUGAAGAUGGUGUCGGACGCGAGGGCGAGCAUCUUGGACCUGCGCAGAAAUGGCCUGACCAGCGUGGAAGACGGGGCCUUUUCCGAAUGUCGCAACGUCGUAGAGUUGCUGAUGGCCGAGAACAGCAUAGCCGAUCAGCUGAGGCCCGGCAUGUUUCGAGGGCUGGGAAACCUGCGGAAAUUGGCGAUGAACGAGAACUUGGCCAGGGGCAUUGAGCCCGGCGCCUUCUCCGUGGCCGCCGACCUCGAGGAGCUUCACCUGGCUCAGAACCGAGUAACGAAACUGGGACCCAACACGUUCAGAGGAGUGGGGGGGCUGCUUCACCUCGACUUAUCGAGGAACCUGAUCACGCGGAUAGAGGAUGGGGCUUUCGACGGACUCGGGGAGUUGAGGGAGCUCUACCUGCGGGGCAAUCGCGUCGGUUGCAUCGGGGACGCGACUUUCCGAGGACUCUCGAGUCUCCAGUGGCUUCAUCUGGGUGAGAACGAGAUCACCCAGGUCGGGGACCGCGUCUUUGCUCCGCUUCCGAAACUCGGGGGCCUCUAUCUGGCCUUCAAUGGAUUGGCCACGGUGCCGGUGAACGCCCUGGGACAUCUGCCGCAUCUCAAGCACCUCUUCCUAGGACACAACAAGCUGGUGCGACUUCCUCGGAGAGGAUUCUCUGGCGCCGCUCGACUCCGUAGCCUCGAUCUCGGCAACAACUUGAUCGAUGCCAUCGACGACGGCGCUUUUCUCACCCUUGCAUCGCUCCGGACUUUGCGCUUGUCCGGUAACAAGAUUUCAAAGAUUCGCGUCAACGUCUCGUUCACGGAUAUCGUCGCCCUCCAGGACAGUCUCCACGAACCCGUCGUCUCCCAGGGCUCGUUCCGGGGGUUGAAUAACCUGCGGAGUCUGCUCCUCGCCCGGAACCAAAUCGCCGUUGUCCCCUACGAGGCCUUUAUUCAGCUGCCUAAUCUCCGGUUUCUCGACCUCUCCGAUAAUCGGAUACACUCGAUAAACAAUUGCGCCUUCAACGGUAUAGAGAAUCACGUUCAGGUCAACCUCAGUGGGAAUAACGUCACCAAGAUUGAACCCCUCAGGUGCUGACCCGCUGUUUUGUGGAUCGUUGUAGUUUUCCAGGACGACACGGUGUCUUUAAAAACGUAUAAAACCGUCUGCGGGGCUCGUGACACUUGUGGACGAUAUUCGUAAGGUCGGCGGAAUUACCAACGGACACACGUGAUGGGCUGAAUUCACGGUGUCAACUGAAAUCGAGAAAUAAUGAGAAGGGGGAAAAGGUUGUACGCGACUGAAACUGGCUGGUACGUGAUCUGGUUGAGUGUGCCCAGCGGCGUGACGUGUUUUAUUACAUAUCUCUUCGGUGGAAUAAAAAUUAAAAGAACGACAGAGGAACGGAAGAACAGGAAAAAUUUAUUGCGCAAGUUCUGACAACGCGUGACGCUUCUGGAAUUACCCGCAAUCCCGAUGUAAGAACGCCGUAAAUAGUCUCCAAAAUCUGUUACACAACGUAUCUACGAACACUAAGUCACAACACCGAUACAAAGUUACAAACAUUUUUAUUAUCGGAAUAAAGUGUAUCUCUAGUUA